AUGACACUUCCAAAUCCAGCUCCUUAUGCCACCCAAACGAGCCUGCGAUACCUGUAUCUCCCGCAAAGUGAAAUGCAGCGGUUCAUGGCCCUGCGAUACCUGCCGCGGUGCAGCAAAGCGGGUGCGCUGUACGUACCUGAGACCUGCCCACAGGAGGGGCCCGAAAUCCCGCAGACCUGCAGCCUCCAGCGCAUCCCAAAGCCAGUCCUUGCGUCGGUGAUCCGUCUGUACCAGCAAUACUCAUACAGCGUCUGGCCUGUAGUCAACGCGGAAGCUCUUUGGGAAGAGUAG